AGUUAGUGAAAGUCUGGGGCUGGGGAAGGCUGUCCAAGGUAUUAUCCAAACACUCACACGCACACAUGCGCUCUCGCUCUAUUUCUCUCUCUCUCUCUCUCUCUCUCCCUCUCUCUCUCUCUCACAUGCACACACACACACAGUCGCUGCUGCCAGCCCUCCACUUACAGCUCCAGCCUUUCAAAGCUGUUUUUCCUCUGGAGAUCAGCACACGGUUUAACACCACACAGCUGCCACCGAAGAGACUGAGGGAAGGAGAGAAGAGUGAAUAGAGAAAAUAGGGAACAAAAAGAAGAAGACCAGGAAAGUGUUUUGAAAUACUCCAGGUUUUUUGUGUUUUGAAAUACUCUGGUUUUUUUUUGUUUACUCCUUGGGACCAUUCAAAGAAGAGAAGAGAGUCUGAGUUCACAGGAAAUUAUCAGAGUGAAUGGGUUGCCAUGGUAACUGACACUGGCAGCCUGACACGAGAAAACUCAAUGUUUAAUGGAGGAAGAUCCUCGGUGGUGGCAAGCAAGCGAAAGUAACAGGGAUUUAAGAGAGGUGAGAGGGAACAAGAGAGGAGUGAGUGGAGGAGCGCGGUGGAAGUCCAGAAUGGAGGACGGGUUUUCCAGCUACAGCAGCCUCUAUGACACAUCUUCGCUGCUGCAGUUCUGUAACGAUGACAGUGCGUCGGCAGCCAGCAGCAUGGAGGUCAUGGACCGCAUUGCCUCCCUGGAGCAGCGUGUCCAGAUGCAGGAGGACGAGAUCCAGCUGCUCAAGUCAGCGCUGGCCGACGUGGUGCGCCGCCUCAACAUCUCUGAGGAGCAAAACGCCAUGAUUAACAGGAGGGGACCCACUAAAGCCAGACCCAUGAUGGCUGCCCUGCCUCUAAGGCACACUGUCAGCAACGGCUCUGUCCUGCCCAAGAAAAGCUGUGGCACGCUACCGUCCCCCACCAGCUCCAGGAAGGAUGCUGCUUCACCAGCAACCAAAAGUCUCUCCAGUCUGUCUGGCAUACCCACCAGACUUAUCUACAUCACUUCUCCUUACAGCACUGUGAGGAGAACCAACUCCAACGAAACGAUGGGUACACUGACUCGUAAAGACAGCGGCGACUCCAAGAGCAACCGCACCCGCACCGGCUCUACCGGGAGCAACUCCAGCAGCAAGAGAGCCAGUGAAAGCAAACUUAAGGAGCCCGUUUUCAAUGCAGAGGAAGGGUAUGUGAAAAUGUAUUUGAAGGGACGACCCAUCACCAUGUACAUGCCCAAAGACCUUGUGGAGACCUACUGCCUGGAAGCCAAAUCGGACCUGCCAAACAUAAAGCUCAAACUGGACUGGGUUUAUGGGUACAGGGGACGUGACUGUCGCUCUAACCUGUACCUGCUACCCACGGGAGAGACGGUCUACUUCAUUGCAUCUGUUGUGGUGCUGUACAACGUGGACGAGCAGCUCCAGAGACACUACACCGGGCACACUGAUGACAUCAAGUGUCUGGCUGUCCAUCCUGAUAAAAUCACCAUAGCAACGGGACAGGUGGCAGGCACCUCUUCUGAAGGCAAACAGUUGGCUCCUCAUGUGCGGGUUUGGGAUUCUGUGAGCCUCAACACCCUCCACAUUCUGGGGACAGGUUUCUUUGACCGCGCCCUGGUUUGUCUUGCCUUCUCCAAGUCGAAUGGAGGCAACACGCUGUGUGUAGUAGACGACUCCAAUGACCAUGUGCUCUCUGUGUGGGACUGGCAGAGAGAGGAAAGACUAGCUGAUGUCAAGUGUUCCAACGAGGCAGUGUUCGCUGCAGACUUCCACCCCACUGACACCAACAUUAUAGUCACGAGUGGGAAGUCACACCUCUACUUCUGGACACUGGAGAGGGGUACCCUUACCAAGAAGCAAGGCUUGUUUGAGAAACAAGAGAAGCCCAAGUUUGUCUUGUGUGUGACUUUUUCAGAAAAUGGAGACACCAUAACUGGAGACUCAAGUGGAAAUAUACUGGUGUGGGGAAAAGGCACUAAUCGAAUUAGCCACGCCAUUCAGGGUGCACACGAGGGGAGCAUCUUUGCACUGUGUAUGUUGAGGAACAGCACACUGGUGUCAGGGGGAAAAGAUCGGAAACUCCUCUCUUGGGAUGGGAGCUACCAGCAGAUCCAAUCGGUUGAGGUUCCUGAGUUAUUUGGCCCCGUCCGCACUGUUGCCGAGGGCAAAAGGGAGAGUGUGCUUAUUGGGACCACCAGGAACUAUGUUCUACAAGGCAGUUUAGAUGGCGAAUUUACCCCCAUCACACAAGGUCACACCGAUGAGCUGUGGGGGUUGGCCGUGCACCCUUGGAAACCCCACUUCCUCACCUGUGGCCACGACAAGCAUGUCAGCCUGUGGGAUGCCUCCUCGCACCAGCCUGUCUGGACCAAGACUAUGGAGGACGCAGCUCAGUCUGCUGGAUUCCAUCCCUCUGGAGCAGUGGUUGCUAUAGGAACGCAGACCGGCAGGUGGCAGGUGCUGGAUACUGACUCUAAGGAUCUAGUCACAGUGCACACAGAUGGGAAUGAACAGCUGUCUGUUAUACGCUUUGCACCGGAUGGCAAUUUCCUGGCGAUUGGCUCUCAUGACAACUACAUCUAUAUCUACGCAGUGGGGGAGAGCGGCAGGAAGUACGGUCGAGUGGGAAAGUGCUCGGGCCACUCCAGCUUCAUCACCCAUCUGGACUGGUCAGUGGACUCUCAGUACCUGGUGUCCAACUCAGGAGACUAUGAGAUACUCUAUUGGAUCCCAUCAGUGUGUAAACAGGUGGUGAGUGUGGAGACCAUACGGGACAUCCCCUGGGCCACGUCCAACUGCACUCUGGGCUUCCAAGUCUUUGGGUUAUGGCCGGACGGCUCCGACGGGACUGACAUCAACGCCGUCUCCAGAUCCAAUGACAAAAGGCUGCUCGUCACAGGAGACAACUUCGGAAAAGUCCAACUUUUCUCAUUCCCCUGCUCUCAAUUCCGGGCUCCCAGUCAUGUUUAUGGCGGACACAGCAGUCAUGUGACCAACGUAAAAUUCCUGUUUGACGAUAGUUGCCUGGUUUCCACUGGGGGCAAGGACAUGAGCGUCAUGCAGUGGCGGGUAGUGUGAGGCGGCCAUUUUGGGGCAACAGACAGACAGUUUCUUUAUGGAUCAGGGUAGGGUGGGUAGGGGAAGGGUUGUACUCAUAGAGGCUUCCCUGUACAAUGAGCUUACGAUGAUGUUGCCCCAAGAAGCUGAUCUUGGAUCAGUUUUGUAUUUACCCCAUUAAUGGGUUAGAAUUUGGGGAGGGCUGAUUCUAGAUCUGUUCCUAGGGUUGACUUCACUCCAGAGUUUAGCUUUUUGGUGGGUGGGAUGGGUCAUGGGUGGGCUGGGGACGAAGAGCAAUCGCAACAAAGGAUGAUACAACAGGGAGUACCUAUUGUUUCGUCUUUUAUCGUUCCAUCUGUCUCCUUUAUUUUGUAUAUUUCACACCUCAGGAAACCAAUAGAAAAUUAGGAGCUGAAUUUAUUCCCUUUGCCAUAUCAAUGGCCUCUACUCUGGCCUGGUAGAGAUAGCACUCCACAUUUGAAAGUGGAUGGCAGGUAGCCUAGUGGUUAAGAGUGUUGAGCCAGUGAGCAAAAUGUUGCUGGUUUGAAUCCCCAAGCUGAUUAGGGGAAAAAUCUGUUGAGCAAGGCAUUUUAGCCAAAUUGCUCUGGGUAAGAGUGGAUGCAUAAUGGAAGUUUUCAUUUUUACUAUGUGCAUUUACUAUGUGCACAUACAUUUGGUUCAAACUGAUGCUGACAGAGAGUAAAUGACCAAUAUUCCAAUGAUUACACUCUUUCAUCAUAUGAUGUUUAUUUUAUAAUGAAUACAUCAGGUUUACCCCAGGCAGUUUGUUACUAGGCCAAGUGUGCGGUUGAAUAGACGCUACAUGGGAAUAUGAAGAUAUUAACUCUCUGCUGCCACUGUCUGGCUUCCUGAGGUAUUGAAUGGUGUCAUAAUGACUACUUCACUAAUGCUCUGCAAACUAUAAUACAUGAUAAAGUAUCACACUGGCAUUUCAAAGAGCCCUUUAAAAACAAAUGAAUAAUUAUUUAAAUGAAUAAUCAAUGAUUAUUUACACCUGUUGAAAAGCAUCAUUUUGGGACACAAAUGACUGAAGUUCAACUACAUUUCAAACAUAUUUGGAUUACACUGUUAUAUAUCUGCUGCCGAUGUCACUUCCUUCCUGAGCCUCCCUUAUCUUCCUGUAUGGUCCUCAAACUAGUUAUGUAAAUAAGAGGUUUGUACUAAUCAGACCAUUGCACUGUAAUAGUUUUCUCUCCAAUACCCUUUUCACACUAUAGUGCCGAACCAAUCCGUACCGGCUACAGUAACUACAUGGAAGCUAACCAGAUUAGCUCAGUACAGCUUGUUUGGCUCGGUUUGGCUCAGUAGUGUGAAAAGUCCUAAUGUGUGCUCCCCUAUUGUGCACUGUUUGCCAUAGGCAAGUAAUCACUACUCCAAGGCUCAAGGCCCACUCUUGAUAUUUACAGCUGUUUUUGAUCUCUCCAAGGCUUAAAAUAACCUGUGAUUUAGCUAC